AUGCCGUCGCUGGAGUCGUUUGGCCCGGGGUCAGGAUCAUUGCCGGGAGCAUCACUUUCUCUACCAGCAACAGGGACGGCAAAGACGACACGAGAAAACUCGCGGGAGAACUCACCACACCCAGAAAACAAAAAUGACAUUGCCAGCGCGCCCAUGGAGGGCUUGUAUGAGGCGACUCAUCUCAGCGCUCUGCGGUCUCGAACUGGUGGGCCGCCGACGGAAAGACGACUACGCAAGAACUUUGACUCAGACCUCAUCGCGCAGGGCGUGAUUACCGUUGACGAAGCAGAGAGGAUGUUGACUUUAUUCAAAACCUCACUAUCUCGGUAUCUAUACAACGCGACCAUCUCGCCCGACAGAACGCUACACAGCAUCCGCUCAUCCUCGUCCCUACUCUUCACAUCCAUCAUGGCGGUAUCGUCGCUCCACAUUCCGGGCAUGGAAGACAUACACAAUCGCAGCCACCGACAGCUCCGCGACCUUAUCGCGUCGUCAAUGUUCGACCGGUCGCACACGCUUGAAGACGUGCGCGCCUUGUGCAUCGCCGCGUUCUGGCUCCCGGACCUCUCGUGGAAACUAUCGGGCCACUGCGUGAGGAUGGCGACGGAACUCAACCUCCACCAAGCCUUCUUCAAGGCCUUCCACUCGCCGUCACCGCCCGAGGACCGCGACGCUACCCUUGAGCGUGCCCGGCUCUGGUAUCUCCUGUACGUUCUCGACCACCACUUCAGCAUCGCGUACGGCCGGCCUCCCGUGACGACGGAGAUGCAGGCGAUCCGUGAGACCGAGGUGCUACUCUCGUCGCCCGAGUGCACGCUGUCGGACCGCCGGGUGAUCUCGCAGGUGGCGCUGUUCCGAAUCCUGUCGCGAGCGUACGACGCUUUUGGACUCGAGGCCGGGCGGGCGCUAGGCGACGACGACGAAACGCUCAUCAUCCACGCGCGCUUCCUCGACGACCUGGCCAGGUACCGCGAACACUUCCGCGCGCUGCUCCCCAUGGACGAGUUUGUGGGCGGGUACUCGGUCAUUGGCUUGGACCUGCAUUACCACUUCUGCAGCAUGCUGUUGAACUCGCUCGCGCUGCGCGGGCGAUCCAUGACGUCCAUCGGCGCCUUGCCGCACCGGUUGCGGCCCCUGGCGUUCCACGCCAUCGAGUCGGCGCACCAGAUUCUCGAGAUCGUGCUGGGCGAACCGGACCUGCGCCGCGCCCUGGUCGGCGUGCCGCUGUACCUGCACGCCAUGAUCGCCUUUGCCGUCGUCUUCCUCAUCAAGAUGUCUGCGAUAUGGGAUGUCAUCGGCGUGAGCACGGACGCGCACGCUCGGACGAAACCGCUCAUUGAAGGCAUCAUUGCCACGCUGCGCGAAUGUAAAGCCGGAAACAACCACAUCUUGUAUAAGAUGGCCACAGGGUUCCAGAGAUUAAUGGAGCGGAAUAACAGCACCAACAUCAACAAUUCCUCGUCGUCUACUAAAGAUGUGUCGUCGUCGUCAUCGUUGUUGUCGAACUCGGCAGCAGCGGGGCUCAAUAGCAGACACAACCACAACCUGCCUUCUUUCGAAGCCUCGCAACAUCAUCACCACCUUUCGACACAAGAGUUUCCAGACUCGUUGGCCGCUCUCGCAGCCGUGGCUAAUGGGCACGCUCAAAGACCAUCGUCAAUAGACUUUAAUAGUACCAGUCAACAACAACAACAACAACAACCACACCUCACGCCCACGAUGUCGCAUCACCGAACUCUGAGCAAUAACAACAAUAACGGUACUGGGCCGUCGUUUGACGCCGCGGCUUCUGCACCCCCUUCGUACGGUUUACCGUCUCACGUAGGCGGUUCCGACUGGCAACUUGACGAUGACAUGUUGUGGAAUAUAGUGGGAACGGAGUAUGAUUUGUUGGCGAACGCGCCGGAUACGGACGUGAAUUUUUAUGCGUUUUGA